AAUACAGGCGUUUAAGUUUGGGCCAAUAUUGGUGAACCUGCAAGUGAAUGUUAUUUGGCUGAAUGUUAACUGUAAUAUUGAGUAGUUUAAUGCUCGAUAAAAAAAAAAUAAAUAAAUAAAGGUAAAUCCAUGCUAAAGAUUAUAAGAUUAUAUUUAGAGCUUGUGAGUGCCUUGAGCUAUGAGGGUGAAGGUUAUUUCCAUUUUGGAGGACAACUACAUGUACUUGGUUAUAGAUGAACAGAGUAAAGAAGCCCUGGCUGUUGAUGUAGCUGUAGCUCACCGGCUGCUUGAGAUAGUAAAGAGAGAGGGAGUGAGACUCAGAGCAGUGUUAACUACACACCAUCACUGGGAUCAUGCACGUGGCAAUGAGGCUCUGCUGAAGGACCUGCCUGAUUUACAAGUGUAUGGAGGAGACGAGCGCAUCACAGGACUGACCCAGAAAGUUACUCAUGGCCAGGAGCUCAAGUUUAAUGCUAUAAAUGUGAGGUGCCUGUUCACACCUUGCCACACAUCUGGACACAUGUGCUACUUCCUGUGGGAAGACGAUUGUCCCGAUUCCCCUGCAUUGUUCACUGGGGACACAUUGUUCGUGGGUGGUUGUGGGAAAUUCUUUGAGGGAACAGCCGAGCAGAUGUACCACAACCUGACCCAGGUGCUGGGAGCUCUGCCUCAGGACACAAAGCUCUUCUGUGGUCACGAAUAUACAAUAAAGAACCUGAAGUUUGCAAUGCUGGUGGAACCAGAUAACGAGAGGGUGAAGGAGAAGCUCAGCUGGGCUCGGGCAAGAGAUGACGACGACAAGCCAACAGUGCCAUCAACUUUGAUGGAGGAAUUUGAAUACAAUCCGUUCCUCCGUCUCUCCGAGGAGGGUGUGCAGAAGUUCACAGGAAAGUCAGACCCUAUCGAGGUUCUGCGUGUGCUACGAAAAGAGAAGGACAACUUUAAGAAGCCUAAAGAGCGCAUUCCUGCACAUGCCAUGCUCGCUCUGCAGUUGGGUCUGUUUAAACCAAAACUCACUUAAACAACAUACUGGCCUGCUGCAGUGCACACUAACGCGCACACUGAAGCGUCUCAUGGAUGGUGCUCAUGUUUACUCAGAUAAUGCUAAUAUGAAGUUAAGAAAUUAUUGCUGACACUGCUGACGUUAAACCUCAAUUAUUCAUUUGCAAAUUCUCUCAAUGAGGUUUUGAUUUCAAUAAUCCCGAGUUAUGCUUGUUUACACAUAUUUGCACUAAUGACCUGAAUGAUACUGUAAAAGAAUAAUUAAAUAAAUUAUUUACAAAAAUCAA